AGAUCGAGCAGAAGACUUCAGUUUCACAAUUCGUUGAGUGAGGUGUGGCGGGAUUUCCAACUUGUUAACCAUGCUCCAAGAAACCAGACGAUCAGCAUCGUGAGCACUUCCAGCCUUCUCUGGAAAGGUGUAUGUUGGGAUGGGAAACUUCCGCGGGAUGCCAUAUUGAUGAAAAAUACUUUGGCCUUCCUCACAGAGUAUUGA